UGGCAAUCUUCGCAGACUUAGUGUUUACGAAGGUUCGGAACUUCGGUGAGUGGAAUACUUACAAGUUGUGGAACGUUGCGCGAAAGACAUCCCUGAAUUUCUUUCAAUUCGACAACUAAGAUAUAAGCGAAUACUUUUUUCCAACAAUCAUAACUUAUUUGAAUAAAUUUAUCAAUCAUGGCAGUGCGUUGUCAGUACGAAAGCUGCAAUGAGAUAGGCGUCUUUACCAAGCUCACCAACACAUAUUGCCUUGUGGGGCUGGGUUCAGCUUCAAAUUACUACAGUUUGCUUGAGGAUCAUCUCAAGGAACACAUCCCCGUCAUCUACACCAGCAUACAAGAAUGUCGGAUUGUGGGCACUAUGGUGGCAGCUAACAGACACGGUGUGCUGGUGCCAGGGCAGACAACAGACAUGGAGUUGCAGCACAUACGGGACCACCUGCCAGAUGGGGUGGCAGUGCAGCGGGUGGAGGAGCGCUUGAGUGCUCUUGGCAACAUCAUCUCCUGCAAUGACUAUGUAGCACUCGUGCACCCACAGCUGGAUAAGGAGACUGAAAAUAUUGUUAAGGAUGUUUUACAGGUUGAGGUCUACCGACACACCAUAGCCAACCACCCGCUUGUGGGGACCUACAGUGUCCUCAACAACCAAGGAGGGCUGGUGCACCCCGCCACCUCCAAGCAGGACAUGGACGAACUCUCCUCUCUCCUGCAGAUCCCCAUUGCCGCCGGCACAGUCAACAGAGGCAGCAGCUCGCUGUCAUCAGGACUCAUUGUAAACGACUGGCAGGCGUUCUGCGGGUACAGCACUUCAGGCACUGAACUUAACGUCAUUGAGAGCAUCUUCAAGAUAUCAGACAAGCCGCAAAAUGCUGCAUCAACAGCCAUGCGUGACGCUCUUAUUGACAGUUUGGUGUAAGGUCUUCGAGUUGAUAUUAGCCUCCAACUUUCAAGUUUAACCUCAACUUCAUUAUUGACAUCAGCUACGCGUAUGUCAAGUUGAAUAGCAACUUGGUAUUCAACUUCUGAGUUGGCCUGUGCUUUUAAGAUUUAUUUUCUGUUCGAACUUGCUAUAAAAUGCCCUGAAAUUUGCCUUUAUUACAGUAAAUUCAUUUGGAUUCAUUUUCAAACUUUUAAAUUGUCAAAAAUUUUCAUGCGCUAACUUUUGUCCAGAAAAAGUUCAUAUUUCUUAAAAUUGACUUUGAAAAUUCAUUGUAUUAAUGUUGUCAGCACAAAUUGUUGAAAUUGCGAAACUUCCAUGAAUGGAAGAAUCUCCCAAGUUUAAAAAAAAUGACGAGAACUGAA